AUGAGCAACCAAGACAACGAGAACGCUGUUGGACCGCCAGCAGUACACGACGACGAGGAGAGGGAGGAGGAGAUGGAGGACGAGGAGAUGGAGGAGGACGAGGAGGCGGAGGACGAGGAGGCGGAGGACGAGGAGGCGGAGGAGGGCGAAGGCGGCGAUGGCGAUGGUGCGGAAGGCGACGACCAUUCUGAAUCCUCCAGCAUGGAGGAUCAUGACGAGCCUGUCGAGGAGCGUAUCCAGCGUCUCUACACUGUGGAUGAAAUUCCAUCCGAAUACAAUCAACUGCAGGUGGAGAUGAUCAAGAGGCAGUUAAGGGAGAAAUGCGGUAUCUGCAUGGAGGAAAAGAUGAUCCAGCCAGCCAUAUUCCCGGCCUGCGCGCAUGUGUUUUGUGGGAUUUGCGCUAUUAACGCAUUGGUGCUGCUCGAUCUACCAGAGGAGUAG